GCAUUAGUCUAAUGAGAUGUCUGCAGCCUGUGUGCCGAGCAGCAGCAGCAGCAGCAGCAGCAGCAGUGUAUUAACCAAAAAGAGGACAAGGAAAAAGCAAGAGCAAGAUGGCUUUCCCUUCAUUGUUAGGGAUUUAGCUUUACAGUCACCUUUAGGCUCCUGGGAUAUAAGACAAAAGGGCUUGGCUCUGGGGCUUUCACAAUAGAAGACAGCAGCUCCAAAUGAGUGUACCUGCAGCGACGGCACAGAAAUCAGACGGCAACAACAGUGAAAUGCAAUCAGCUGCAGUAGCUCCCUCCUUCAUCCCCAGCCAGUCGGGGAAGAUACCGGGCAGGAAGAGAGGGAGACCCCCGCUCCGCAAUGUCGCCAAGAUGGAUUUUCCAAACCGCUACCCCGAGUCGCUCCCUCCACUCAAAGUGCCAAAGAAGAGGGGGAGAAAGCCGGGCUUCAAGCUCAAACCCAGGAUGGUGAUGACACCGUUGGCUAUCUCUCCACCCAGCAGCACCCCUGAGCCCGAUAUGAGCUCCAUUCCUCAGGAUGCCGCCACCAUCCCCCACUCUGCCACGCCCCAGGUGCUUACAGUCUGUAUCUACAUCAACAAGCAGGCCAACACAGGCCCCAACCUGGACAGGAAGAAGAUCCAGCAGCUCCCUGAUCACUUCGGACCCGACAGGCCCUCUGUGGUGCUGCAGCAGGCCGUCCAAGGCUGCAUCGACAGCGCCUUCCUGCAGAAAACAGUGUUCACGCUCCUCACACAAGGCUACGGGGGAGAAAAAAUAUCAGCCACAUUCGAUGGGAAGCAGCACCUUCUCAGCCUCCCCGUAGUGAACAGCAUCGACUAUGUGCUCCGUUUUCUGAAGAAGCUCUGCCGCAGCUUGCACUGUGAAAACCUCUUCAGUGAUCAGCCCAUUACCCAGCACAGUGGCGGCUCCUACCAGUCAGAUGCUGAAACAUCUAUGGCUGAUGACUACCAUUUAGACCAGUCCGAUGGCAAACGCUACUCCGUGGACCCCGGCGAUUCUGCUUUCAGCUCCAUAAGCUCGUCCUACUCGCCAAAGACCUCCUACGGCUUCCGUUCGUCGCAGCAGUUCUCCAACGGCUCGGCCUCCAUGAGCAUGUGCAGGCAGUCGUCCACCAGCCCGAACACGUUCCCAGAGAGCAACAGGACGGGAGGUUAUAAUGCAUCUCCAGAGUCCCAGGAGUCCAAGGCUCCACCCAAUAAAGACCCAUCCACCUGGUCUGUGGAAGAUGUUGUCUGGUUCAUCAGGGAUGCAGACCCCCACGCUCUCGGCCCUCAUGCAGACGUCUUUAGGAAACAUGAGAUUGAUGGAAACGCUUUGUUACUCCUAAAGAGCGACAUGAUCAUGAAGUACCUUGGACUGAAGCUGGGGCCGGCCUUGAAGCUUUGCUACCACAUCGACAAACUAAAGCAGACUAAGUUCUGAAAACCUUCUACGAUAUAUUUCCCCCUCCUUAAAUCCAACAAUACAUUUGAGAAGGGACUCCAGGUCUGUGAGCCAAUGGGAAGAGAGUAGGGCCUCGAGGCAUGAGGUGCAUCACUUCCUUUUCUGCCGUAAAAGUAUAAAAGCAAACGGGCUGCUACGUUAAUUUAACUACUUUAAGCUCAGAAAGAGAUGGUAAUGGUGACUUCUAAAAUAUACUAUAAGUGAACUAAUAAUAAUAAAAAAGAAAUGCCACACAAAGAGUGACAUGUUUAAGUAUUACUGCGCAGAUAUAACUUUAUCUUCAGUUAUAGUCAAAGACGUUUGUAACCAACAUACGCAUUUAAAAAUUAGCAAGGUGAGAAAAGUAGGAGCAGAGUGAGGUCUAACUUAAUGCUGACAUUAUAGGGUUAACAUUAAUGUAAACUUCUCCAACCUACACUUUAUGUAACUUCAAACAGGUUGUAUUUUUAGAUGAUAUAUCAUAGUAUUUCUGUCCCAGCUAACAUACUAUAAAAAAAAGAGGAUUUCAUGGAUUUUUUUUACCUUACCUUAUCACCAAUAACUGAGUUUUUUGGCCAUUUGGGAGAAGCAGAAAACAAGUUUUGAACACAACAUUGACAUAUCACCUUUUAUAUUGAUAUUGCGAACUUGUUAAACAAUAGUUGCUAAUUUACACAUCCAACAGGUAAGCAGCAACACUAUCACUGAUUUGGAGUCAUGUUUUUGGCCAUGUCAUGAAUGUAAAUCUAAUAUCAACUCUCUUUUAGCUCUGUUUUGGUCUCCACCAACUCCUGAGGGAAAUAUCUGUCUCUUUAGCCCCUAAAUGCCCCACUAUGUUCACCAGCUAGUUUCUAACUGUGUCUGUCUGCUGUUUGGUGCUGAAGGAACAGCUAAAGGAAGUGACAAAUUUCAUACCUGAAGCCCUACUCUUUUCCCAUUGGUUCUCAGACAUGGGGUACCCAGACGUGAGGUCCACAGUUGGACCCUCUUGGUACAUUUUGCUAAAGAUUUCCAUGAUGUCAUGUAGUGAUUAUCACAAAUUCACCCCUCUCUUACUUACUCUACUUUUGGCACAGAUUUUGAACUAAAAACUGUCAGAUUGUGGAAUGCAUCCUUCAUACACAUCUGUUAAAGGCCAAUGUAAGAUAAACGUUCUGUCUCACAAACCUUCAUGAGCAGCACAUCUGUCUGCUGCAUGCAGAUUUCUUUAUAUAUAUAUAUAUAUAUACACAUAUAUAUAUAUAUAUAUAUUCAUCAUCUGACUAGAAAUGUAUAACAAUAACAGAAAACACUUUAUACUUUAAGAAACUCUCACUUUGUCAAACCUCACUAUAGGAUCUCAUGUUUACAAAGCUGAAAUCUUAUCUAUAACUGAGAAACAGUGCAUUAACUACUACAUUGCUUUUUGAUUGAGAGAUGUAGAAAAUCAUUUUGAUACUAUUUUUUCACAUUACUGUGUCACAAAAAAGUAAUGUUCCCAUUGGAUUUGUCAUUCUUUUUUAUUAUAAUUUUAAUAUAAAAAAAAAACACUAUAACCUAAACAAAACAUAGCCUACAUAGAAAGACAGUAGCUCUCUUGUUAGUAUUUAUAAAGAAAAAUGAGAGCAUUGUGAACGUGAUAUAUUUAUGUUUCAAUAUGCAAGAUUGUUACAUGCCAGUUAUCUCUAUAGGCUCUUCAUGUAUACUCAUGAGAACAUUUCUUAUGUUUUUAUCAAGCAUCAGUGUUGAUACGGAACCUGUCAAAACACACUAAAUGUUACACUGAGAAAACCUAAAUGGCCAUGUAAAUGGGUAUAUAAUAUAGUAUUGCUUUUGUAUACCACUUUUGGUGUACAGUAUGCAUCCUUUUUUUAAUCAAUUAACCUUUGUAAGUGAAUGCUGCUGUAAAGAUAUUACAUGUAAGCCAUGCCUAGUGAGAUCAAGCUAAGGUGUUUUAUUUUGAAAAUCACUAUGAAUAAGAGUUUUAGAGAACGCUGAGUGGAUCAGUACUCUAUGCUGGUGCUAAAAGUUAUCUAUGUAUUUAACUACUUGCUUUUGUGUUUGUGAGAUGUAAAGGAAAUCAUGUGUAUAUUGUACUGUAUGUGAGCAUUAAAUUAAGAAAUCAAGUAAGA